AUUUUCGGUUGAGAACGGAUUUUCGGAUGUCCAUCAGUCCUAUUGUAGUCAAAACUUUACUCUUUUAUUGCCAAAAGUUUAUGGAAUAUGCAUUAAUUAAUAGAAGUUCCGAUUUUAAUGGAAAGAAAUAAGUUAAUGUAAUACCAUUUUGCAGUGUGGUGGAAUAUAGCAAGCAUGUUUCAAAUUGUGUAACACAAGUACAGAAGGUCGAACUACGAAUGAGUUUAAGCUAAACAAUUCAGAAACGCAAAUUUUUUAUUGGAAUUUGUCGUACUUCAGUAAGAAGGACAAUUAAUUAGAAAUGUAAUAAACGCGAACUGCAAAUAUUGGUUUUAGUGAAUUUUAAGGCCUAUAAAGAUAUAUCGACAAAGAGUGAUUUUUCACAUCACCUGUGUGUAUGUGUAUUUGUGCAAUUGUGUGAGUGAUUGAAUGAUAAUCAACAUUUUCAGGUGACAAAAAAAAAACGAAAUAAAAAUAAAGCAAAAUAGCAGACGACACAAUUAUCAGUAGGAGUUGUUUCCUCCUUGAUUUUACCGAAAAUAUCUAUCAAAAAUGUGUAAACAAUGAGUGAACAACCAAUGUUUGUGAGGAAUGAAAGCAGAUGUUAAAAACAUCAUUAGCAACAAGAAGAUUUUUAUCAAAAAAGAAAUGUAUCGAAAAUACACAAGUAGUGAUACACAUAGCGAUAGAAAAUGCUAAUUAUUCUUGUGAAAAAACUUCUUUAUCCGGCAGUUCAUUUUUAUAAACGCGCGCGCACUUUUGCUGUCACUGUUCAAAAUAAAGAAAUCUAAAUCAUCCAUCAUAUCUAAAUAAUAGAUCGUAAACUUACACACAUACAUGAGUGUCAGGUGCAAAACAAAAUCAACAGCACUUAAAGUAUAAAUUCGGCUACGAUUAUUGUAUUGUGUUUGUUUUUUUUACAAUUGUGUUAAUUUUUUCCGAUGCAUGUUCUAAGUAAGCUCAAAAUAAAUUAAAUUCCAAUUUGCACACAAAACAAGGAAAGCUGAAAAAAGCGCACAACAACAACUGCAGCAAUAUAGAAUAAUCUACAAAUUAAAGACCACAAAAAGUCAAGUCGUACAAUCAUCGUCGCAUUUGCCUUGGCAAAUAAAAACAACAACCAUAAACCGCCAGCCACCUCACAACGUCGCUGUCACUCCAAUUCGAUUUAGAUUCACGUUGUCCAGUUUCUAACUUGUUUUGUUGUGUUUUCUGUUUUUGUUUCGCUUUCUGUGGGGGAUAGCUGCAGCAGACACAAAACAUCUACUGCCGAGUCGUCGUCUCGAAAGGAAGAAAUACAAAGCUCCAUUGUAUAUUAGAUUUUGACCUGAUGAAAUAAAUACAGUCCGAAAUACCAAGCAAACCGUGCGGAAAGGAAGAAGAGCAAACAGAGAAAACGUGAAUAUGAGUAGUUUUGUUGAUGAGAAUGCCAGCGAAAGCAAACAGCAAAAUCCUCAAGAAUACACCCACAAAUUAGACGAAGAAGAAAGGAAAAUUAAGGAAAAGCCAACACCACCAAUCGAAAAAAAAUCAGAAGAAAACGACACGAAAAGUGAAGCAUUCAGCAGUGCAGCUUUACGUAAAACAAACUAUGGGAAAUGUGAACAACAACAAAAUAUACCCACAAAUAAAAGUGAAAAUGUCUGUGCAAAUAUCACAACCAAUGAUUCAGAGAAGUUGGAAUCUUUGUUGCUACCUUAUGAAACAAGAAAGUGUCAAUGUUAUGUAGACGAUCAACAACAAGAGACCGAAAAAGGUAUUUGUAAAAAAAAUGUAACAACAGAUAAUCGACAACAAGAGCUGCUGGGUGAUAUAUUGAUCAGCACAACAGCAUUAAGAUCUAAUGAGCAGUGCGAUGUCGUCAAACCAACAUUAUCAAAAGUCUCAUCUAAUUUGUCGCCACUAUCGAAAACAGAUUCACCCGCUAUACCACCAUUGUCACUAGGCGACAGCUCUAGCUCAAGUGGCCCCCAAAUUCCACUUUUCGCUAAAGAGCAAAAACUUGCGGUUCAACUGCGCGAAAAGCAACAAGAACAUAGUACAAAACAGACGACAGGAGACCAUACAGUGCCAUAUUAUAGCCGAGUUAUAAAGUCCGGUACUGCGAGUGCCACAACUUCGCCGAACAUGGUGAGAAAAAUGUCGGAUGGCUCUGUAUCGCUUCCACGUCGCGUAUCAUUUCCGAAGAGCGACAACGAACUGGUAACAGGUUACUUGGAACCGGCAAAUCCUUGGAAACAUGUGUGUAUGGUUAAAAGUAUUUCGGAAAUUGCUGAGCUCUAUAUGACAUCUUGUCUGAAACAUAAUACGAAACCAUUACAAUAUAUUCUGGAUCAUUUAAAGGCUGUGGAUAUAACGAAACAAUUAAGGCAACCUGUACUGUCUCUUAAGUCAAUCGAUUUGGCGCCAAGCGAUUGUGAAGCUUUGGAAGAAGUUCUUAAAAGGGUGCAAUAUAAGUCGAUUGAUGUCUCAGACUGUAAACUUAAUGAAGUGGCGGCCAGUGCACUAUUUGAAAUUAUUGAAUACUAUGAGGCUACAAACGAAUUAGAUAUUUCUUCAAAUUCCUCGGGUAUGACUCCCAGAGGCUGGAUGUCUUGCACAUAUAUGAUUAGUCAUAGUCAGGAACUGCAGGUGCUAAAUGCUGAAGGAAACCCAAUAUCAAAGGUUAGCGCAGAACACUUGGGCGUCGCUCUUAACACAUCCAAUUUACAUACCCUGAAAUUGGAACAUUGCAGUCUCAAAGGACUACCCCUGAGUGGAUUAUGUUUCAAGCUUUGGCAUAACAAAACUCUAAAGGAACUUUGGAUAGCUUACAAUGAUUUGGAUAGUAGUGAUGCUGAUACCAUAGCCGAGAUGCUGAAAGUGAAUCAUUAUUUGGAAUUAAUUGAUAUAAGUAACAAUAACAUUGGCGACGAAGGUUUGCGCCACAUUGUAAUGUCGUUAAUUAUGCAGUCGAAAGAACUGGAGAGGCGAACGACAUUUCAACGUGCCGCGGCCAUUGAUGACGAUGAAAGUAUGUCGCCUUUUGAGACUACGGCGCCAGUGGAUAUAUCCGAUUGUAACGAGGAGAUAGGAGAGUGGGGAGUAAAGGACAGCCAGUCCAAAUUCAAAAACGAAAAUGAAGCUGACAAUGAGACGAAAUGUAAACAGCCACUUUCGCCAAUUGAAGAAAAGUGUAAGUCUGUGGGGAGUGCUGUGACUCUAAGCGACAUAACAGUUAAAAUUGAACCUGAACCAAGGUCAGGGGGAUCGUCAUUCAAACCACCCCUCAUAUCAACUGUUGGUUCAACUAUAGAAGAAAUUGAUCCCGAUGAGGACACCGAUGAUACAGUACGUUCUAAUACACUGAAAGGCACGCUGCAAACAUCUGGCGGUGGUCAGUCAAUGCUUGACAAACUUCUCUCAAUGAACAGUGAGAGCAGUAGUGAAGAAGGAGUUUCCAAUCUCUCGACGGACACCUUAGCUGCAUGUUGCUCGGAGGAUACAAGUCUCAUAAGUGAUGACGUGUUUGAUAUCGGCGCAAAUGCAACCGCAUCCACCACAAUAACAACAUCUACCACAUUUGUUAAAUGCCCCACUGACACGGAUUCGGAGGUGAGCGAAGGGGCAACAGAAACACCGAUUCUUUUGUCAAAUAUAGCUGUGGCACCCACAUCUGUGCCAAGGGUUUCACAUGAACCUUCUGCUAGAGAAAUGGAGCUAGAGAGUGCCGAUAAGCGAGUUCUGACGCAAAUCGAGGCCAAGAAUUCCAUUUUAAUUGAACCCCCCGCCGAUUCUUCAACAUGCCACGCAACAACAAAUUUGCAAUCAUCUGUUCCAAGUUCUCUUGUAAAUAAUUACGCAAACAAUAACAAUAUUAAUAAUAACACUGACAACAAUAAUGUUAAUAUGACUUUAGUACCUGUGCAUACAUCUUCCGCUUUGUUUUCAAGCGACGUGAGAGAUGAGCCAUCACGGCCAGACACCGCAAGUGUUUUCGAAGUGAAAGCUGAAGAAAGCCAUUGUCGGCAAAGCGUUGUUGGCACUAGUGAACUUGGGGAUCCUCGGGAAACUGCAGACCACCCGAAUGAGUUGCAACAUCUUCAUUCCGCCAGCAAAGCUUUAGAUGUAAAUAAAAACACCAGGUUGGGAGAAGAUUUCGAUGACACACAUAGUACGGAUUCAGCGUUUGAAAGUGCCUCGGAAGGUGAUAUUAGUCGUCAUCUGCCGGAAGAAUUUACCCGGUUAUCUGCAUCACUGGAGAGUACUCGUUUGGAUGAUUUAGUCAAAGAGUUUUGCAUAGAGACAGCUACUAUAGCAUCAGAAUCGAAUGAAUGUUUGAUCGCGGCAACAAAUCAAGCAACACCGUCCUCAACUCCUACUCCUCAGAAGUUGCCAUUUACUCAAGUAUCUACGACGUUUGCAGAGAGGGAGAGACCGACUACGGACGUAGGCAAUGCACCGAGUCUAUCGACUUCUUUGCCAUCUGCCACUUCUACUAUACCUCCUACCAUUCAAGUUGGGUUCGGUGUUCAGCAAGGGGGUAACGAUUCGCCAAUAGAACCAGCGAAUGAUACAAGAGAGAAGAUGCCAAAGGUGACUAUUGCUCAGGAUAGCAUAGCUCAAAAAUAUAAAAUAAAUAGCGUAAUAAGCACAAGCCCCAGUCAAACCCCUCCGCCACCUUCUACGUCACCAGGCGGUGUUAGCAGCGGAUUGAGACGUACAGACUCCUCGUGUACUUUUCUAACACAGUCAACUCGACAUCGUUCACAAAGUACAGACAGUCUGUGCAGUGACAAUUCACUAGAUGGCAGUAUAGGUAGCGGCGAUUUAAAUUUUUCCUCAUCGGCGCAAUUGAAUGAAAAGCUGACCAAAAACGAUACUUUGACUAGACAACAGCGGCAGCUGGAAUCAACUAUUGAAGCAAGCUCUAGAGCGCCUGGUGGACUUAAAGCUCUAGCAUUAUGGAACAACAAUCUAUCAAAAGAGGCAGGCCUCUUCAUUUCAAAUCUACUAGCGGAGACAGUGUCCCUGGAAUUGCUUAAUAUUGGUAAAAAUUGCUUAACGAAUGAUUUCGUUUCUUCGAUUAAAGAUAGUUUGAUAAAAAAUACAACGUUAACUACAUUGGGCUUGCAAAGUGCCCAGCUUAGUGCCAAAGGUAUAGAAACCUUAACGUCCAUCAUGACUUUCGGAGGCAAUAGCACACUGCAACGUAUAGAUAUAAGAGGUAAUAAGGUCGAAGUGGAAAGUCUGACGAAAAUUGCCGAAGUUUUGAAGUCAAACACAACAGUGACUCAAAUUGAUAUAGAUGAUGAACCUAACCGAAUGUCUGUGAGUAGUGAGGCACAUUUGGACUAUGCACGGGUCCUGGAAAACGUCCGUUCGAUGUGCGCGCGAAAUGAGAAAACUCAGCAGCAGGAGAAAGCCUCUAUUAAUCCAUUGGCAAAGCGGCGUGGUGGUUACUACGUGGGUUCGAGGAAAAUAUCAUUGACUUGCCAUAGUAGGCCCGUUGUGGACACUUCAAAUCCGGUCAUGAUGUCAUGUUCACCAACGUCAAACAGUAAACUAGAAGUUAAACGCAAAGCUGGCACACGUUUACGUUCGCCUGUGCCCAGUCCAACGACAAUAUCACCCUCAUCGUCACCCAAUCGUGGAAGUAGGUUUCAGGUAUAUCGCGUAGCCGAAGUAAGUCCACUUAUUUCACCCAAUGUUCAAAAGGAAGGAGGAGGACUCGGAACCGUCAAGGCGAUAUCGAGCAGUAGUGUGUUUAUUCCGUCAGUAUCGACGGAUGAAGUUAACGACUCUUCCUAUUCCGGUGUUACAUCAACCUCGCUGCCAACAUCUUGUUCGCUACCUUCGAUGGCAACUAUUUCAUCGUCGACGCAGUCCAUUAAGCGAUUGUCUGUUUCACCUCGUUCACGCUUUCUGGUGCGAAAAGUCUACGAGGAUCCUAGUGUGCCAUUGUCAAGUAGAACAAUACCACCCAUAACACCACCUAUAAAUCCCCCACCAACUCCCAUGUUGCGAGACGCGAAAGAAGCGACACAUCAAAUUAAAGAGGCUAUUUCGGCUCCGGCAUUGCAAGGAGACGAUUUACAACAUACAGUGGCGAGGCAUUCGAAUGCUGUCGCACCAACCCCCAUAACAUCAACAUGUAGGACAGUGAUACAACAACACACAACCACCGAUUCUUACGUAAUGCCCAUUCUGAAAGUCAGAGAGGUUCCCCGAGCAACACAACAAAGUGAACAAAGUACAAAUGAUACCGCACCAACUACUAAAAAUGAGACCACUACCACUCAGGAGCAUACAAUUUCUGCAACAACAAGCAAUUCGGCACUCCAACCCUCGCCUUCUAUACUUUCUACACUAUCCACAUUCUCUUCAUCGUCAUCAGCUUCGGAUACCUCCUCGUCAUCGUCAAUAUUGUCGUCGUCUUCUUCUUCAUCCUCUACAUCGCCCGCCAGUAAUAUCGACAGUUCCGACUCUUCUUCAUCGACUUCUACUCAUUCGAAGGAUUCGUUGUGCUCUCACGUCGAUACACACGAUUUAACCGUAUCCGGUCAGUGUCCUAUCGCUGUAUUCGGAGAUAAUGAUAUAACAUUAACAAAGAAUACCGCUAAUGAAGCAUUUGUAUCAGCCGCAGUGGCUGUAGCUAGGGAAAAUGUUAAUAGUGCUGUUCCAUCUGAUGAGAACUCUGUUCCACCCGUAACGCAUCAGCAACGUGUGCGCAAAGUUUCUUGGAUUGCAAAUCCAACAGCAGUGGAUAAACUAUUGACUCUCUUCCACAAUCCUUUCCAACGGAGCUCCUCGCCGGAAUCCAAAGGAUUCACAGGUAUAUCCGUGACCACAACGGCACCCCCUUCACAUUUUAGUCAGAUGCCUUUGGAACAGUCUACUGCGGAACACCAUCUCCAAUCGGCAUCCCAAAAAAACGCAAUGCCAAUUCGGAAGCAAUCACCACCUACAUGGACAAAAAUUGGCACAGAUAUGUUAACUGCUGCUGGCACCAAUAACGUCGAUUUGGCCAAUAGCGUUGCGACCACAGCUGCUGCAGUUGUAACUGAGCAAUCGAGAUCAUUUCUGGAUGCGGCCUCCAAACAGUUUCGUGAUUUUAGCAAGCAGGUAUUCCGACAAAACUUAUCAUUUGGUAACGAGUCGGUGACAACUGCAUCGACUACGACAAUAACGUCAUCGACUGUCAACAACCCUAGCAGUGCAGAAGGCACCAGUGCCGCCGGUUAUGGAGAAAUGGCCGGAGUGAUGGGCAGCGGUGCUGGCGGUAGUUGCAAUAAAGUUGCGUCUAUAACAAGUUCCUGCGCUGUAGCCUCAACCUCAGCCAUCGAAUGCAAUGUCGAUUCUUUACCCACCGAUGUUAAACAAGAAAUCAAAGAAAAUAUUUCACCUGAACAUACAAUUAAUGAGGAGACAUUGCAUAAAAUACAAAAAUUACACGGCAGUACAACGACGUCCACAGCAUCGCCACCUGCUGACUGUAUAUACGAAAGUGAUGAAUUAAGUCCCAAGGACGCUCAAAGUGGAGUUGAAAAUAAUAAAUGAUUUGAUACGUGCAUGCAUAAACUUGUCCGCACAAUUUCCACCACCAACCACAAAAAAACAUAUUUUUAAUGUAUGCCUUUGUUCCCUACCCGCUCCUAUACAACUCGACCCUAACCUUAUCCCAGCCUUAGGCUAUUUUCCUUCGCCCUGUCUCUAAGUCAUCCUCCCAUAUUUCAUCCUUCUUAUAUUGGGGUAUUUUACCCUGGUUUAUUAUUAUUUUUGAUAUUUUGUUUAAAUAUUUAUUAGGUAUAUACAAGUAUAUACAUACACGUACACAUUUUAUUUCUAAUAUUAAGUGUUUGUUCUCUUGUUUCCUCUUUUACUGUGUUUAAUAUUAGUGUCUUGCAAAUGUAAUUCUUCUGUUUAUUUAAAAACAUUACUUCAUUCGGCUUUUACGAUCGCUAUAAUGUGACCGCUUGGAUAAUUCCACAGAUUUUCACGUCAAUUCGCUGUUAAUCUUGCCGUUUCGUCCCGUUUUUUAAAUCCGUAGUUUCUUGAAAUUCAUUUAAAGUACAUAUAUUUGAGAUCGCAGGCUGUGCCAACUUAGAUUAUUGAACAACACAUCAUGACUAGUGGUCGCAUUUUUUAUUAGAAAGAGAAAUUAAUGCAAUCUCACUCUCACAUGAUAUUUUUUGUUACAUAUGAGGUUCCUUAUCAUUGAAGCUAUAACUUAAAUCGGGCAGCAUAUAUUAAAAGUUCAUUUUCGGUACAUUAAAUACAAAUAAAAUUGUCCAGAUGCUUUAGACGAUAUAUGGUCCUAUGAGAAGUAGUAGUAUUUUUUUGCCACAUACAGUACGUCACGGAAGCUAGGUAACACGCUACUAUUUGGGACGUGCAAAAAUUGAUUGAUGAUUGCCUAUUGUGCGUCAUUGUUUCUAUGUUUUCUUCUGUCAGUUCGAUAAAGAGAUGCUAUGCUAAACUCUGAAAUUAUUUGCUUGUUUCGUGUUAGCGUUAAAAAAAAACGAAAUUUUAAUGUUUUAAACACAAAUCUUUUAAUUUUAAGGUUGCUGCCCAUGAUAAUACACAUGAAAGCUAGAAUGUCAAUUUGACAGUCUAGUGGGUUGUAAAACUCCCAUCAGGGUUGUAUUUUAUUUUGUUGUUAUUGGGAAAGGAUGAGACCAUCCUUCCUUUGUUAACACUGCUUUAACUAUUUUAAAACGUCUUCAACGCGAUUUUUUUUUAAACGUACACGUACACCCUUUGCCGAUGUAGGCCGCUGCCAUGGGAUUGGAUUGUAAAUGGGGGGACCAAAGGAGGAAGAAAUGCUUGUUCAUCGAAUGUUAUGCCAAAAUGAAAUAAUUAUCAAUAUUCGUGAGUAACAGAACCAGUACCUUAGGAAUGUUUCGAUACCUUAAUCGAGGUACUAUGCCAUGUAAAAACUUUGGCACCCCGUUCGGACACGGCUAUAAUAUGGGGUCCCUUGUCAUUGAGCUUAAGCUUGAAUCGAAAAGCGCUCAUUGAUAUGUGAGACGUUUGGCCCUGUUCCCUAAUAGAAUGUUCAUGGCCAAGUUUGAAUUUGCAAAUCGAAAAUCAAUUAUUUACCUUGUUUUUGCUUCUUUUAAGGAUUUUAAGACAUUUCCCCAAACAUAAAAUUCAAAUGCAGCAAAACUGCCUAGGGAGACAAAAUUAGAUAGCACGAGACAUUAAUCGCUCUCAAUGUCUUUCGACUAAGCGGGUACUAUUGGAAGGAAAGAGGUGUUGGAUGCCUCGGCUCCAGCUCAACCAAGAUAAAAGGUCUCAUUGUAGCGAUCGCCGCACAUUAUCGCCGCAAAUGAUUCUGUUCGCCCAUGGCCUUUAAGGGUUUUUUAAUUUGCUUAGAAAAUAACAUCAACAACUUGAAGGUGGUCCAAAGCUAACUAUAAUGGUAACAGGGGGGCAUAUUUAUUGCAACAACAAUUAAAUGAUACCUUUGCAUUACGAUGUGAAACGGCAAAAUAAUGCAUAAUGGACAACAACUGUUAAUGAUACACCGACCCCAUCCCCAUUGAUCUCAAUGUAUGUGAUAAUGUCGCAACGCUCUGAGAGUUGCGUCGCUUACUAAUACUAAUGCAGUUCAUUAUAGUUAGUCAAACUAAAUAAAACAAAAUACAAAAAAAAAAACAAAAACAAAAACUAAAUAACAUAAAAACAAACAAGCAAACAAAGCGUAGUAAUUAAUACCAGCUACACGUACAUAUAUCGUAAUAUUGUGAUUAACUCUUGUUUAUAAAUUAUUAUUAUUUGUAUAGUUUUAUAAUCUGCCUUUUUCUGUUUUAAUUUUUCUUUCUUUUUUUUAACCAUUGCUCUUGAAGGUUUGUACUACACACCUUUACAUUUAGUUUAUUUUAAUCAUGAGAAAAAAGGUAAAUUGUUGUUGUUGCAAGAGAUAUGGAAAAACCAACCCUACCCAUUAUGCUCGAACUUGGCACCUCUUAAGAUGCAUACAGCGCGUAAGCGUACGAAUACUGUUAUCCAAAGAGAAAUUUACAUAUUAAUAUACAUAAAACAAAUAUAAUUACAUGCAUACACACACACACACACACACACAUAUUAACUAUUAAAAAUAUAUGUAUAUGUAUAUGUUCAUUUAUUUACUCCAAACACAAGUCACUGCUAACAUUAGUAGCUACACAAAGAUACCCUUUUUGAGAGCGGGACAUAAAACAUCAGAAACAAAAAACAAACAAACCCGACGUAUUGCAGCAUUAUCUAACACAAUUUACUUUGAAUAGCACGUAACAAUGAAAUCACCACAUUAACUACAAAGGAACACAAAUGGGAAAACAUUCAUUCUAACACAAACCUAACAAUUUUGCUAAAAAAAAAACAAAAAUCUAAAUCAUUAAACUCUUUGCUAUUGCAGAACAUCCACGUUUUUCAAUCAAAAUGUUAUUAGGGCGAUUCUUUAUCGAUAAUACGAUUAAAUCGCGACAUGGUGAAGAGAGAGAGAGAGAGAGAGAGAAAUAUGAAAAAGGCAAGAGAGCAAGUUGAUAAAUAAAAAACACAAUUUUAAGAAACCACAACCUGCAGUUUUCAAGCUACAGUCCUUAAAAAUAAAGCCAUCGAGCUGAAAUUGAGUAAAGUUAUAAAAGCUUAAAUCUGUAAAGACCGAUCUUCCGAUUCAUCAUCUAAACUUAAAAAGAAACUAUUGUAAUUAGCUGAAACUUGAAAGGUGAAUGGUGUUGCCAUUUGUGGAUGCUAACACAAAACAUCGUCCACGUCGGAAUAUACUGGUAACUAUAUAGUGCUCUCUAGCCAUUUGAAUUCGAGAAUGGUAAGCGUCUAUUGUACUUGAUUUCCUAAAGCAACUAUUGGCUUGAAAUUUGUAAAAUUUCUCUCUCCGCUUGCCACACUUUUUUGCACUGUCUCUUACCAAUUGAAGGAGAAAGUGCCAACAUUCGAACACUUAAACCUACCCUUGUUGUGCAUAUACAAUACCUUUGGGUUGGUACACCCGAAUUUCAUUAAAUUUCAAGUCAAUUCUAAAAUUCAUAUAUCAUUUUCGUCAUUAAACUUACUCGCAUUGUGACAUAUUUCGGCAAAACACUUAACUCACCCAUUCCUUCAAAGGAAACAAAAACAAAAAUUAAAUUGCAAACAAUAGCAAAGUAUCAUAAGGCUAACUUUACCAUUUGAACACAAAAAAAAUGUAUCCAAUAUUGUGUCUCCCCAUUAUAAAUUCCUAUAAUUUGGGUUAAUAAUCAUUAGGGAAAAGUUAAAUAAUCACUAUUUUGUGAAAAUUAUGUAUACUUAAACGAUUAUAUUAAGUUUUCUUGUUUUUACUAUUUUUUUUUUCUUAUCUCUAUCACUUUCUUGCCCGAUUUCAUUCUUUUUUUGGAACAAUUGGGCUUUGUACUAGAAGUGUGAAAGCUAAAAUGAAAACAAAAAGGAAAAACAACAAAUCCAUUAAAACAAAAUAAAGUUAUUGUAAAUUUACAUGUGUAUAUUUGGUACUUAAGUUGCUCUUUGCUUUCAAUUUUACAAGACUAAACUUUUUUCUUAAGUACAACUUAUUAAUUCGCUUUAUACAACGGAAUGAGAGACGAAAUCAGUCAUUACUUAAUAUUAUGUUCUUAACACGAAAUGUCACCCACUUACUGACAACCCUGUUUUACUGGAACAGAAAAUAGCAUUGAGGGUGGAGACAAUGAAAGGCUUCUGGCACAGUUAACAUGGCCUUAACUAAUUCAUAAAAUAAGUUUCACGAGCUUUUGGAGACUAGCUACUUUAACAACUCAGUGUUACAAACAAUGUGAUCAUUUUCUAGUUUAGAGUGAAAUUUAUUUGAUGAAUUAAAGCCUAGUAGUAGUAGUAUGUAUAUCUUAUAUUCGGGUCUGUUCUGUGUUUCACCUCACUCUCACUUUUCGGAAACUUUUCACUUUCCCCUUGCCAAAAUUAGCUGUUCUGUGAUAGCGGGGAAAAGCAAUAUUUCGAAUUCCCGUUCGAAAAAUGAAAACAUGAUUUUUUUUGCAAAGUAUGCAAGUAAGUUAACAAGUCUGCAAGUAAUGUAAAAAAACACCGAUUUUAACGGCAGCAGCAAAAAAUAGAAGGAAAUAAUUACCAGCAGUUUAAAACCCAUCCCACAUAAACCAACAUCCAAAUGUUGACAAAAUUUGUGCUAUUUUGUUAAAAUUAAAAAAUAUAGCUGAAAAAAAUAAUAAACAUACCAAAAAUUGGCAAUUAAGUGCUUAUUUGUGAUUACAUAUAUUUGCCUGCCAAAAAAUGUGUAAAAAAUUUUUCACAUUUUUCAGGGGAGAAAAAGGCCACGGAACAACUCAAAGUGAAAAGUUUUCGUUUCACUACCCAAAGUGAGUUUCAGAACACACCCGAUUGUUUAUUCUGUAAGAUGCUCAUUUGGCAAAGCAAUAACUUGGCUAAUUGCAGUCUACAAGAUUCGUCAGUUUGCCUUGCUCAUUUGAUUCGACCCCCAUAGGUUAGUCUGUAUAUAUUUUCAACAUUUAUACCGAUAACAAUAAGAGUUAGACCGAAAUGUAAAUCAAGUCAAAAUAUAAAAUAAACAAAGUUCCGCUUUAAUUAAAAUGA